AUGAGUUUAUUUACAAAUUCUUUUCGGAAGUUGUCUCAACAACAAUAGGACAAUGAUAUUGUUAAGGUGUACUAUAAAACAGACAUGAAGCUCUAUGCUAAAGUAAGGUAUAACAGAGGAACCACAGUUGGCUAAAUUAUAGAUGAGUUGAUCAAAGAGCUGAAUUUGAAUGGGAAGCUAUAAUACUAAAUUUAUUUAUUGACACACAAAAAAAAUGAGCCAUCCUUAGGGGGUAUAAGCAUAAAACGUAAGUUGCGUAGAAAUGAGCAACCAUUCAAGAUUUUAUUUUUAACAAAGGUCUACAAAUUUUCUUUUUAUCUUGAUUAUAUGCUGAGCUAAUUAAGUUAAAAUACUUAUGAUUCACAAUUCAAUUAGAAUGAGAAUUAUUAAUUUACCAAAUAUGACAAGGAAUUCAAAAUUUAUAAGAUUACAAAGGAAGGAGGUUAAAAGCAAAUGAAGAUAAAAAUAAAUUCCACAGGAGCAGCUAUAUGCUAGGAAGGAAAAAUGGAGAAAUUUAUUGAGUAUUCUGAUUGCAAAUUUGAUUUCGAAGAAGAUCUUGUGUUCACAAUCACUUAAGAACAAGUAUCCAUUUAUAGAGCGUCAAAUAAAAAUGAGUUUUAUGCCAUCAAUAAGAUGAUCUAUUAAUAUACGAAGAACACAGAAAUGAAAUAUAAAAUUAGUGUUUUAGAAAAUAAAAUUGAACAUUGUACUAAGCAAAUUAUGAAAGAAUUAGAAUCUAAUUGCUAUGAAUUCACAUAGUCUAAAUAGGGGAUGAAGGAAAACGCGAGAUUCCAUAUCUUUUUUGAUAUCUUCAAGACAACCCAAGUUAAUAAGGAUAUUUCAGCAAUUGAGAAUGAUGAUCUGACUAUUAAUUUCGAUGAGUUCAGAGAGUCUAUUUUAGACACAUUAUCGAUAUUGCCAACAGAAUAAUUUAGGAAGGGACUCAUAGCUUUUAAUUCUCAGUAUAAAUACACUGCUAGUUGCAAGAUAGAGGAUUAAAUUGAAGAGUAAAAUAAUGAUAAGUUGCUUUAAUCUUUAGAUAAUGUUGUAAUUAGCGAAGAAGAUUUAAGAAGAUAUAGUUAAUUUUUAUCAUGA